UAUCUUCAAAAUAGGUGAAAGGAAUUCAUUUGGUUUCCCACUCACUAAGGUUUAGCAUGUUCAUUACAGGAAGAAGCAACGUUUGCAUUUGUGGAAAAUAGUUACCAGUUGCCCUCUGUACGGACUGUCAACCAAGGUUUUCAUUGGAGAACUGCCCCAGGACUUUCUGCGCAUCACCCCAACUCAGCAGCAACAACAGAUUCAACAGGACGCCCAGGCUGCUCAGCAGUUGCAGUACUCUGGAGCAAUGGGAACCAUGGGACGACUUAGCAUCACUGUUGUUCAGGCGAAGCUUGCUAAGAAUUAUGGAAUGACUAGAAUGGACCCCUACUGUCGAGUCCGUUUAGGGUAUGCAGUGUAUGAGACCCCCACUGCUCACAACGGUGCUAAGAACCCCCGGUGGAACAAGGUGAUCCAAUGCACUGUUCCACCUGGAGUAGAUUCAUUUUACCUGGAAAUUUUUGAUGAGAGAGCAUUUUCCAUGGAUGACCGUAUUGCCUGGACACAUAUUACCAUCCCAGAGACCUUGAAGGAAGGGAAAGUCGUAGAUGAAUGGUUCAGCCUUAGUGGAAGGCAAGGAGAUGACAAGGAGGGCAUGAUAAACCUGGUGAUGUCCUACACGUCAGUGCCAGCAGCAAUGAUGAUGCAGCCACAACCAGUAGUCCUGAUGCCCACUGUGUACCAACAGGGUGUUGGCUAUGUGCCUAUUGCAGGUAUGCCAACUGUGUACAACCCUGCAGUGCCCAUGGCUGUCCCACAGCCACCUCAUAACCCCCAGCAUGUGAUACGGGAUGAGGACCUAAAAGCCAUUCAGGAUAUGUUCCCCACCAUCGAUCAUGAGGUCAUCCGAUCUGUUCUGGAGGCUCAAAGAGGAAACAGAGACGCUGCCAUCAACUCCCUGCUUCAAAUGGUGGAAGAAUCAUAAUGACCGCACACUUUUUGCGCCUUUACUCCUUUCCUUGCCAGUGUCCUGUUUGACUUGCCAAGAUGGGAACUUCCAUUUUUCUCUUACGAUCUGUGAAUUGUUGCAUCAUGGAUUCCCCUUUUUUGUUGACUUUGCAAUGUUGUCUUCUCCUCAGCUUCUUUUAAAAUGGUUUCAGAAGUUGGAGGAUCCCUCACAUUCCUCUGACUCCACAGUGACUUUAUUAAUGUUCAUAGGCUCUUUUGAAGUCUAUUUGUGGGCUCAGUCCACACGUUUAAGUGUUAUCUGUGAUAGAAAUAAAGUGUAGAUAUUAGGAUGACUUAGAAUACUAAGCAGUUUGACAAAAGUUGCUGCCUUUUUGACAUAUUCAUGUGUUUGUUCUUUAAUAAUGUCCGAUAUUAAUACCCUAAUAUUAUUCUGCAUUGUACUUAUAAUGGAAGGGAAGCCCUUUUUUUCAAAUGUAUUGCUUAAAUUGAUAUAUCUCCAUGUUGCAAUGAUGGUAGAAGUAACCAGUUCAGGUCUGGCGGCUGUGCUUGUUAACCAUACAGACUGCACAGUAACCCUACAGGCAGUGUUUAAGCUACCUAGGCUAAUGGUGACAACAAUAUAGUAUUGUGUAUGGGCCACUAAAACUUACUUUAUGUCAUAAUCACAUUAUAUGCUGCUGUUAAGCUAUAACCAAAAUUGGAGUGAUGCACGUAUUGGGACAAAGUUAUAACACUGGUGUAUUUAUUUUCUUGGUUUUUAAGUGCAAUAAUAAGAUUUGGAAUUAAUAGCAUUGCUAGCAUGGAGCUGCAGGAAUAGCACACGUUGUAAAAGGGUGAUCAUAUAGUGCUUUAUCAGACGUAAGAGAUCGGGAGGGGCAAGAAGGGGUUAGAUUGAACAACAUUUUUAAUAGAUUUUAAUUGUUUUGUUUUUUUUGUGCCAUAACUUUCCUUUAGAUUGUGCUUGCCCGAGCUAAGGUCUGGGGGCAAUAAUUGUCCCUCUGUGGCAUUUUAUUUGGUCCUUCACUUGUCCAAACUGAAUACUUAUGUGAUGAACCAGCGAGGAGCUUAAUUUGAUUUUAUGUUGGCAAUAUUGCUCUACAAGCAGUAUAUGUGCUGUUAGACAUGUAAAGAAGCAGGGUUUCUCAAAGUGACGCGUUAAUUAAAACUUGUGCCGGUAAUUUAUGCAAGAUUGUACAAAUUCUGUUUAAUGUAACUGUAUUUUUACAUUUUGUAUCUGUCUUCUCACUGAAAUCCACAUUUCUUUUAUUUGUUUCUGCUCAAAGCAAGUUCUACAGCACAGUAAAAAAGUGCUUAGUAUUAAAGGGACAGUAUACUGUAAAAUGGUUUUUCCCUUAAUGUGUUUACAAUUGCUUUUUUUACCAACUGCAGAGUAAAAAAUGUAUGAAAAUGAGCUUUUUUAGGCUUAUUUGUGUAUAUUAAAGCUCUGAUUUUGUGUUUUGAAGCCACAACCUAAUAAAAUGGGUUGAGCUUGUAGGUAUAAUCAGAUCUCAUUACUGUAUCACAUUGUGCAAAUAUACCUGCUUCUUUAUCUUAUAUCUGUCCUUAAAACAAUCACCAGUACUUUGAGAGAACAAUGGAAAAUCAACAUUUUAUUACCUUAUCUCUGCUAUAUCCCACUGGGAGUGUAAUUUCUUCUGCUGGCUGAGUUUACAAAGCUUAUCUAUAGCUGGUACGCGCGGCCACAAACUUUCAGAAUAGGUGGGGAUACCACAUGCUAAAUCAACAAUUUCAAAUGCCAAUAUAAGGGUAAAGGAGCUACUUGUAAACAAUUUAAUACACUCCAGCAGGUAAAGUGGAUCAUUGGGAACAAAUUAAAGGGGAGAAAAUGUUUGAGUAAACUGUCCCUUUAAGCUGCAUGAGAUUACAAUCUUCAAAACAAACUUUACAUCCUCACCACUUCUCUAAAGAAGGGAGAAUGUGUCAGCAACACAAUAGUUUUAGUCCUCAUACUGGUUCUGUGUGGGGUUUACCCAACCUAACUAAAUAACAAGAUUUCAACACCAUUGGCCAACCAGCAUCAUUCAAAGACGCACAGACACUGGCAAAACGAGACAAAUAAUAUUACCUUUUAUAUCUGACCAACAGCAAAGGUGUUUAAAUAUUGGGCGUGUAUCUGAGAGAAAGUGAAGGGGGUGUGAGGUGAGUGGAUAAGAGGUGUAAAAUAAAGGAUGGAAGUUUUUUUCUUCUAUGGUAAACAUUUUUUAUUUUCUCCAGAGUAGAGAGUAAGAUCACAGAAGACUGCUACAGCCACACACGCUUCUAUUUCAGCUGCCUAGCACUGGCUUUCAGUCUCAUCUGUUUUAGGAUCACAUUAACUACCCCCAUAAUCAAGAACCUUUAACAGAUGCCCACAAAUGUGUUCAACUAAUGUGAAUAUCUUUGUGUCGUCCAAUAUACUAAAGCUGAGACUUGAUUAUGCACAAUCUCAUGUACACUUUGAUAAUCGUUAACCUUGUUAGAUGCCAGAAAUUUGCCUAGGGCCCUACUUGCUCUAGAACUCCUUGAUUCUGGUGUUUCUGUGCGGAUGCUGAAGUCAUAAAGGGUUUAAUUUAAAGUAAAUAUCUGUACUCCUUUAUGCCAAGUGUAAAUCCCCCAUAGCUCUUCUGUGUUCAGUCUAGUAUUACAUUUUUUACUUAAUUCAAAUCUCUAAUUGAAAUAUACACUAUCUGUCUUUUAUCUGGUUUAUUUCCUGAUAUAUUUGUUCAUAAUAAUGGCUACUGAUAUCCUAUAUUAAAUUGCAUUUAGCGAUAAAUGUGAAAUGCAUGUGUACUAUAUUAAAAAAUUAUAUUGUUUUA